UUCUCUGUGAAAUGAGGGAGGAGUAUGGGGGUGGGGCUCUGGACUUGGAAGGCGGCGGGCGGUGACGCCGUACAAAAAAGAAAUUUCUCACAAGAGUCAAUAUCUGGGUCAGCAGAUUGUAAACAAUAACAUUAGCACGGUGGUCGUGGUCUUCAGGUCGUCGUUCCGAGUUCUGAGUCCACCGAGGCACAGAUACUGACAGAUCGGACAGACUGUGAACUGUUUCUAAAGUCUAUUGUGAAGAUUACCUGAAGAGAGUGACAAGGUCGGCCUGAUAUAGACCUUUCAAGGCCACAAGAUGACCAGACUUGACCUGAUAGUGACCGACAUUGGCAUACACACGUACUGAUAAGAGUCGUGUGGUCAGUUGCCUUGUUUGUGGGCCUGAUCGAGUCGCAGGGGCUACUUGCGUUGAGAAGCCAGGGUCGGCAGCAGUGGAAACUAAAGUAAUAUAUUCGAGGGUUCUCCACCAGAAGUGACCAUGCUACGGAGAGUAGUACAGGCUUCUCUAAGCCAGCUCAAAAGGCAGGAGUUCAAAGCUGCUAAUUCCCAAAGCAAACUGUGCAGAACUUUAUGGGGCAACAGACUGAUUCACACCACGUGCUGCCGCAGCAAGGCUGGUUCUGUAAACCCUGCAGAGAGUGAAACAGGACAUCUGCAAGGUAUCAGGAGCAGGGGGUUCUAUUUAGAAGACAUUUACCAGCAUGUCAAGUCUACAGAUGUGCAAGACUUACAAAUCCAGGAAGAUGGUAAACGACUGCAGAUCACAUGGGAUGAUGGUCAUGUCUCAAGAUUUCACAGUAUCUGGCUACGACACAACUGUCACUGUGAGGUUUGUUUACCUCACACCUCCACUGUGUUGGUUGACUUCUCCAAGAUAGACAUUGAUCUGCGUAUCUCGUCCGCUACAAUGGAAGGGUCAGAGGUCAUUGUCUUGAGCUGGAAGGCUGAUUCCGGAGAAGCCUACCACGAAGGUCCAAUCCUCACAAAGUUCCUGCGCUACCACUGCUAUUCCGAUGCUGCUGAUAAUGCAAGGAGAGCAGCGAGAGCAAUGCACUUUCCCAAAGACAAAUCAAUACCAGAGGUGGACUGUGCUGAGAUCAUGGAAAGUGAUGAAGGGCUUUAUAAAUGGUUGUUGGCCCUGAGCAAUUAUGGAAUCUGCUUGGUGAAAAACACGCCCACCAAAAGAGGAACUAUAGCUGAGGUGGCAGAACGUAUUGCCCCCAUUCAACACACCAUAUAUGGAGAUGUAUUUGAUGUUGAGUCUGAUCCUAAACCAAUGAAUGCAGCCUACACAGGGAUUGCCCUUGACCUUCAUAUGGAUCAGAUUCACUACGAGUCUCCACCUGGUCUUCAGCUUCUGCACUGUAUCGAAUUUGAUGAUGUCAUCCAAGGUGGGGAAAAUUUCUUUGUGGACUUGCAUGAAGUGGCUCACAAAUUCAAGAAAGAGUACCCGGACUUGUUCUACACACUGACAAGAGUCCCCUCUACAGCUAACACUGUAGAUUAUAACAGAGAUUUUCCUGCCCACGUGAGGAUCCAGAGACCUCUGAUCACAGUGAACCACAAAGACGAGAUUGUCAGUGUAUUGUGGCAGCCCAUGCUGAUUGCUCCUCUCCAAGUGCCUGAGAAAGAUGUGGAGCCAUUCUACAAAGCAUACAAGCAGUUCUAUACUAUGAUCCACUAUCAUGAUGCUAUGUACACAAACCGACUGAGACCAGGGGACAUGAUCUCACUGAACAAUAGGAGGGUCAUUCAUGGCAGGAAAGGAUUCACAGAAAAUGGACGGCGAUUACUUCAGGGAUGCUACAUCAACAUCUCCGAGUUCCAGAGCAAAGUGCAGAUCUUCCACAACAAGUAUGGCGGGGGUCGAUGGCCCACCAGAUGUGGCAGCAUGGACUGGCAGUGAGAGAGACAAGGGUUGUGCAACUGGCGAGUGCUCAGUACAACGACACUCACACAAAGCUUUAUCAAAUUUGCUUGAUUGUAUCACAAUGAUAGGUAUAGUAAUAUACGCACUUCUGCCUUCAUGCCUUAUUGAGCAGUGUUUGCUUCAAGGUAAAAAUGCAAUCUACAUCAACGAACAUUCAUCAAAAGCAUAGUUAGUGUUUGGAAAAUAGGCACUUGCAGUCUAGCCUAUUGCUUGUUGGUUUUUUUUACGUCAUUGAUAUUGUAACUGUGAGUUCAUUUUUGGCAGUAAUGACAUGUUUAUAAAGUUAAUUCUGUGUGAGCCCGAUUUCGGACAUAUCUCAGGGAUAUUAAAGUCAGUUCAUUCAUGGACCUGGUACCAAAUGUAGUGAUGAAAUCUUCUCAGUGGCUAGUCAUUUAAUAAAUGGUUGUGCUAAGUAAUGUGUAUUAAAUAAUUAAUCAGAAAGUCUACCCUGGAUGUAAAAACAGUCUUAUGUUAUUGCCGUAUAAAUAUGUUCAAAAUUAAUUUUUCAUUUCUUUCAUUUGUGAUUAAUGCUAAAUUUGGUAGAUAAUAUGUUUGAUUUUUUCUUUUUUUAAAGAUUGUGAAACAUAGUGUGAUUAUGCUUUUUAUGAGUGUGAGAAAAGUUAAAUGAAACAUUAUAUUUAUCUACGCCUCUAUGUAUACUCAAUUUUCUUAUUUGUUUUUUUUUUAAAACGUUUUUCACUUCUUUAAAAAGUUUGUCGGAUCUCCUUGUCAUCAAAUUUACAGUGCUUUUUUGUCAGCCACACCCAAAUCCAUCUGUGUCGACAUCAUCUCUCAGACACAAUGCAAUAUGACUCUAGGCAACCGUUGUUCUUUCUAUGAUUUGGGAGCCCAUUUUUUCUGGAUAUUUCCAGAAAUCUAAAACCUCCCCAAACUGGUUUAAAUAGAAAUGUAAACAUGGCCUGUUUGACUCAGAGCUAGAGCUACUCGGCUAGAUGGAACCCCUGUGUGAAUACUAUUUAUGCUGUUACUGUUACAAAUGUUGCUAUUGUUACAAUUUCACCUAAAUGAUUGAGCACUUUUUUACACAAUAUUCCUGAAUUGUUUAAUGGUGACAAGCAAUUCUCAAAUCAGGUUUCCUUUUGUACCCGCCAUUGAAGGGCACCUGUUGUUCUGUGAACAAUAAAUACUUCCAAUGAUGGGGAACAACUUG